AUGGUGAGAUCCCAUGUGAAGCAAACGCCGGAGGAGAAGAAGGAGACACAUAAGAAGAAAACUCCCUCUAAGAAGAAAGUGGAGACUGGUUCAUGGCCAUGCAAAAUCAAUGGGUGCAACAAGGUAUUUGCUCGCGAGGCCGAUCUGAAGAGACAUCAGAGGACGACGAAGCUGCACUCGCAGCCCGGCUUUGCCUGCCCACAGUGUGAUGCUACAUUCACCCGGACCGAUGCUCUCCGUCGGCACCAGAAAUCUCGUCACAACGGCGUGGUCAUCGAGCCAACAGACCACGACAAGGGCAGGAGGUUGACGGACGGUGACGACUCAUCUGGCUCGAAGUCCCCCAGCCGAAGCGGGACCCCUGCAAGAAGUCAAGGUGAUGGCAGUUCUAAGGGAUCACCUCCUAGUGCCGCUGCUGGGUCAGGUAGUUCGGGACCAAGUGGUGGACGCUCGAGUUACUACCGACAGCAUACAUUGGCUGCUGGUUAUCCCCCUCGACCACACCCUGCCUUGAUCAUCGACCCGCACUACCAGCCUAUCGGGCUGCCCACGUCUGCGACACGGUUACAUCAAGCGAACUGGCAUGUCUCCCCACCAUGGGGCCCUGACGGUCAGCCCCUCCCUCCGAGCAGCGCCUACCUCGUGCCCUCACCAUACUAUCAGCCCUCACCGUACUACCGUCACCCAGGGACGAUGAUGGCUCCGAUGUCCCACCCCUCUCAGCCCGUACCUCCUCAAAUCAAUUCAGGGAAUGACGCAUCGAUGCAACAGAAUGGCACCUCCCCCCAGUAUUCGGGCAGCCGAUCACCCUCGGACGGACACUCGAGUCCCGCAAGUGCCCAUGAAGGAGAGGGUGACGUGGAGAUGGAGGACCGCACAUCUCAGGCUCCAGAGGCCACUCCUGCUAUCGACCCCUCGCUCGAUGGGCCCAAGGAGUCGUCAUAUGCACCGACGCAUGAAGGCGAAGAGCAGUCGCAGCGCGCCGCGGAAGACGAUACGAAGAACAUGCUACGAAUCGCACAGGCGGCUGUGGAAGCGGUGCUGAGCUAUAAGAAGGACGAGGAGAGUCGCGCGGAAGGGAGCAGGAGAGCUUCGGUAGCUCCUAAGGACCAUACUGACAACGAAGCCUUGGGUCACCCGUCUGGUUCUCUUAAGCCUUCCAAAACGGCGGCGGUCCCACCGCGGAUGUCACCUGCACUAAUGGGUCGGAGUCGCCAGACAUCUACAGAUGGCGAUGCAGACGCAGAUGGGGAAGCCGAGGUAGACAGCGAGGGUGACAACGUUGCCGGUGGCGUUAAGUCCAAGACUGGUAACACAGCAGCCCGGUCGGUACCCUCGCGGGCGGAGCUGGAGCAUAUGUUGACGGAAGAUGGCGAACCGAUGCUGAAUCCAGCCGAGUUAUUAACGCAGGAAUCGCUAGCGUCGCCGCCGCCUUCAUAA